AUGAUCGAUCGGCUAGGCCAAUUGUACAAUAAGGAUGCAUUACUUGAGUAUCUUAUUCGACGUGCUACCAACGAUGAUACAGAGUCUGAAAACAGUGUCGCUCGUCACGUUCGUAAUCUCAAGGUACGUCAACAAAGUAGCAGGAGGACUUGCGGCUCACACUCACGCACAAUUGCUCCUCCCACGCAGGAUGUCCGCGAAGUGAAACUGUACAAAAAUCCAGUUCAAGAAUCUGAGUUAGGUGAAGCAUUAUACUUUCCAUACGCGUGUCCGCUUACCCAGCGUGUCAUGAACGGCAAGCACAAGUUCCUUUGUCUGUGGCCGUGUGGUUGCGUCCUAAGUGAAAAUGGACUUCGAGAGACGUGUUUUCCAGGGAAAGUGAAGCGCGAUGAUACAGGGCCAAAAGAAUGUCCGCAAUGCAUGAAACCGUUUCAGCCUGAGACUCUUUUGAGCGAAAUACCCAGCAUCGAAGCCGAUAUUGUGUGGCUGUAUCCAUCCGCUGACACGGUUGACUCACUUCGUGAGCAGCUUCUCGCAGCUGCACGUAACAAGCGGAAAACCAAGCGCCUUGACUCCAACACUGCAAAACGCGCCCGUGCAGUUGUUGUGAAAGAUAUGCAACCUGGACUCCAACGCGAUGCCCCAGGCACGUAUGCUGUUCAGCAAGUACGUGCGGCGCAGAGCAAAGCGCGUGAAAAUGCACACACAGCUUAA